UUUGCGGCGGGCGGGCGCGGAGCCUCCAAGAUGCCGUUCCACCCGGUGACGGCGGCGUUGAUGUACCGGGGCAUCUACACCGUGCCCAACCUGCUGUCGGAGCAGCGCCCGGUGGACAUCCCCGAGGACGAGCUGGAGGAAAUCCGAGAAGCCUUCAAGGUGUUUGAUCGCGAUGGCAAUGGCUUCAUCUCCAAGCAGGAGCUCGGUACAGCCAUGCGCUCCCUGGGCUACAUGCCCAACGAGGUGGAGCUGGAGGUUAUCAUCCAGCGGCUGGACAUGGACGGUGAUGGCCAGGUAGACUUUGAGGAGUUUGUGACCCUCCUAGGACCCAAGCUUUCCACCUCGGGGAUCCCGGAGAAGUUCCAUGGCACUGACUUCGACACUGUCUUCUGGAAGGGCGCUGAGCGGGGACUGUGGAGUGGUGGCCAGAACACUACCCAUUCCCCGACCCCACCCAAGUGCGACAUGCAGAAGCUGACAGUGGAUGAGCUGAAGGGGUUGCUGUAUGACACCUUCUGUGAGCACUUGUCCAUGAAGGACAUAGAGAACAUCAUCAUGACCGAGGAAGAGAGCCACCUGGGCACGGCUGAAGAGUGCCCCGUGGAUGUGGAGACCUGCUCCAACCAGCAGAUCCGCCAGACGUGUGUGCGGAAGAGUCUGAUCUGCGCCUUUGCCAUCGCCUUCAUCAUCAGUGUCAUGCUCAUCGCAGCCAACCAGGUGCUGCGCAGCGGCAUGAAAUAGGCACCGCUGGGCCUAUCUGUUAUAUAUGGUACCCAGGUUGCUCCACACCCAGUACCACCUGCAGCCCUCCCCCUCUGCCGGCUCCCCAGGCCACCAUCCACCAUCCACCAUCCACCAACCGAGGCAUACCUUCCAUCAGGGCCUGGAUGUCUGGUGACCCCACCUGUCUGACCCACAGGCCUUGCAUGGAGCUGUGGUCUGGCGGUGGAGGACCUGGUGGUGGCUCCAAGGACAGCCCUCGGCUCCUUACAUCUUGCCUGUGCCCCCAUAUAUAAUACUACUCUUCCCACUAUCCAGGGACCCCUGGGAAAUUAAGGAGGGAUUUGUAUAGGGACCCCCAAAAUCUAGUCCCUGCUGUGGUCUCUAUGUCCAGAGAGGGCAGCCAUCUGCCUAGGGCCACAGAGCCAACCCCAGUUAUGGUCUGUGAGGUUUGGGCAAGGUAAGGAUGGCAAGGGACCAAAAACCUCCUCUUGGAAAAGGGCACAAGACUGUGGUCUCCUGGGUUCCUUCCUCUGACUCCAGAGGCCCAAACCCAGCUCUCCCCACACCACAUUCACCUGCUGGGGUGCAGCCCACUCAUUUCACGGGUGAAAAGCCUGAAGGUCCAAGGGCCGGAGACCUGGCUUCAGGUUCUGCCCCAAUACGGAUUUUUAGGAAAGGCAGAAGCUCAUGGAGAAUGGAGCAUCUGAGGUGAUCUUAAGACCUCUAACCUUCUGGGUCCCCCACCAUAGACCCAGUGAUCAAGGACCAUGUUACCCUCUUCCCCCAGCCCAGAACCUAGAACUAGAAUCUGACUAAGCAAGCAGCAGUCCGAGCAGCCUGUGUGACCUCCCACCAGUCAGGGUGCUCCUGUAGCAGGACCUUCAGAGGGCCUCUGGGCCACUGCCUGGGUCAGGAAGCUGGCACACCCCAGUGCCAUCAGUGCCAAGAAGUGUGGCCAAGCCACUCUCCUAAGCUCAGAGCCUCCUCUCCUGUCCCCCUCACGACAGUUAUCUGCACCUCCAGGCCAGACGCUGAGCUCCUGUCCCAGGUGUGCCAUCCUCAGUGCUUGACGCCAGCUCAGCAUGGGCAGGCGUGGGGGCCGAGAAUUCUGCCAGAGCUGGGAUGGGAGGUGGAGUCGUUGGGCACCUGUCAUCAGGCCUGGAGCCACUUACUCCCACGUGACAGGCACAGCCACACUGGCAUACCCUCUGCCCAGCCGGGCUGAGCCUCCACAGGUCCCUGCAAGCCCCAUCACUCUGGAGAGGACCUGUCUCACCCGGGCCCUGUGCGUCCCCUGAACAAUGGCUGCAGAAAUGGAGCUGAGAAUGCCGACAGGAGAAAACACACUCAAACCACCUUGGGGACAAGCUUUCUUUAUAAACAUCUGGAAGUUUUCCUGCUCAUCUUCUCAAGACGUCCCAUGAAGGAGGGGAGGAUGGAGAAUGGGGCUGCAGCUGCUGCUGUGGCUCCUGAGCCCUAGAGCGGUCAAUCCCAGUCUCAGGGCUCCGUGGGGCAGAGCAGGAAGGAGCUCGGUCUCUCCAGUGUAUACAAGUGUCUUUAUUGUGAUUGGUGGGACAGUGGCCAGUGGGAGUUAAGCAUGGGUAAGGACCUCAGCCCCACUGUACUCUGGGCUGCAGGGGCCAGCCCCCUGGUGGGGGUGCCCGCAGGGAGGGGGGGAGCUCCUGGACUGGCGGCCAGCCUACAGGGUACUGGAAGACGGUGGCUCUGAGAGGUUCGACCCUAGAGAGAAAGAGAAAGGCAGAACAUUAAGAUGGGCUCACAUCGGGGUGCUGCCCAGAACCAACUCCCCUUCCCACCACCCUGGCUAUGGGAAGGACUGGCUGCCUGAACCACCCUUCUGGAAGCAGGGCCUUGACCACAUGGAGACUCUCAGAGCCAGCAUCCUCCCCUCAGGAACUGAGCCCAAGGAAAUAGCUGGGUUAUAGGCAGAGACUGGGGUAUGCAAAUGGCCUUGAGAAGAAUGCAAAUAAUUUCAGUGUCCACCUGUGGGGGACUGAUUAAACACAUAUGCACGUCCACAGCGGAGAAUGCUAUGCAGCCUGUGUAAAAAUUAAGGCAAAUUUAUAUGCACUGAUAAGGAAAGACAUACUAUGUGAGUAGGGAGAAGCAGCAGCUUAUAAAAUAAUGUAUAUAGCAUGAUACUAUUUUUGUUUAAAGAUAUAUAACAUAUAUAAAUGCAUAAAACCCUGGAAGAUACAGCAAAA